AAAUGGAACACUAUAAAAACGCUUUUCACGGGAAAAUCCACUAGUAUUACUCUGAACCUUCAGCAUUGUUGAGUGUGAACUAAUUAACUUAACCCUUUUUUCAAAAAUGCCCGGUCCUUCUCGUCCUCUUUGGCAGGUUGCCGGCAAGCGUGAUCCUCAACAGGAACAAGAAGCUCAAGCUUGGAUUGAAACCGUAAUUGGUGAGAGGUUUCCACCAGGUGUCCCCUAUGAAAUAGCACUUAGAGAUGGAAUAAUUCUUUGCAAAUUGAUGAAUAGACUUCAACCUGGAAUCAUCACCAAAAUCAAUACAAGUGGAGGAGAUUAUAAAAUGAUGGAUAAUUUGAGCCAAUUUCACAAAGCCUGCGUGAAAUACGGAGUAGCAGAUGUUGAUCUAUUCCAAACAACAGAUCUAUGGGAUCAAAAAAAUAUUGUUCUCGUUACUACAACGAUAUUUGCAAUUGGUCGUACUGCUUACAAACAUCCAGAAUGGAGAGGACCAUGUUUAGGACCAAAGCCUUCAGAAGAAAAUCGUAGAGAAUUUUCAGAACAAACAUUGAGAGCUAGUGAAGGCAUCAUAGGACUACAAGCUGGAACAAAUAAGGGUGCCACUCAAGCUGGUCAAAACUUUGGAGCCUCAAGAAAAAUCAUUCUGGGCAAAUAAGUUUUUAGUAUUGAAAAUAUUAUUUAUUAUAUGAAGAAAUAUUUAUUUUUUGAAUAUUA